UUCACAUGGCUUUACAUAUCAACUCUACUAACUUUUAGGAGUCGAUUUUUCCGCUCGUAGACCAGAGGAUUUUUCAGUGGUGUUUAAGUGAUUUUAGUUACUGUAAACUGACAAGAAAAGAAAAAAGGGCAAGUUUGCGCCAGAGUGCGCGCUUGUGUAGCCUGCAGCCAGCUACGUUUAGCAUUGCGCAUUUUGGAUAACCUGUGGCAACAGGUAAUGUCCUGUGAAGGAAGCUGUAACCUGCUCCGGUCAAUAGGAUAGAAAAAGCAUUGAUUAUGGUUAUUCAUAUGAAGAAAGCUUGAUUUCUUCUGGAAAAAAAUCUCAGCUUGCUCUACCUACAGCAGAACAUUUUGCAUCUCGGCACCUGAUAUUGGAGAACACCAUAAUGUAACGCUCACAGAGAACAUGUUUCAGCUUCAGUUUACACGAGGAGGCUAAAGAAAACACCUCUUUCUACUUUUCUGACCAAUACUUUUAUUGUAUAGGAAACUAGACUUACAGGAAUAAAGGACCAGGACAUAUUCGGAAGAAACUUCACUUGAGUAUAAGCAAAAGGAAAACUCUGCCAAGGAGUGAUGUCUCACAGAAGGUACAGAGCUUCAGAAUUAUGUGAUGGUGUGUGAGUGUUUGCCAUGGGACAGAAGAAUCUCUGGCUUCUGUGUGUCACACUUGCUUCCUUCUUGUAUCUUAUAAAUCCCUUACUGAGUGCUGAAACGGUGGUGAAAGGAAGAGUAGGGGGGACUGUAGAACUGGGCUGCACCCUCACCUCUAUAUCGAAUGGGGUCAUGUCUCCGAAUAUAUUCCCUCUGUACGUGGUUGAGUGGGUGCGGCUGGGCUACAAUGUCCCUAUUCUUAUUAAAUUUGGAGACUACACACCACGUGUGCACCCAAAUUAUAAAGGCCGUGUGUCUCUGACACGAGGAGCUUCUCUUGUGGUUGAUGGCUUGACUCUAGAAGAUGAAGGCUGGUUUGAGUGUCGCAUACUUUUGUUGGACAGAACUGCUGAUGAGUUCAGAAAUGGCACAUGGACUUUUCUAUCAAUCACAGCUCCUCCAGUGUUUGUAAAGAUACCCCCUUCCUUUGUGGAGGUCCUUUUGGGGGAGUCACUCACACUUAGCUGUAGUGCACUUGGCAACCCAAAACCAACAGUCACCUGGAGAAAAGAGGACAAUACAGUGGAGAAAGAAGAUAAGAUUCAGGUAAUCAAUGGAACAUUAUAUAUGGUCAAAGUUACCAGGGAAACGGCAGGAAUGUACAAGUGUCACGUCUCCAACUCUGAGGGAAACUUGACACACAUUACCCAGCUCCAGGUUAAAGGUCCUCCAGUUAUUGUUAUUCCCCCUAAGGACACCACCAUGAACAUGUCCCAGGAUGUAGUUCUGCAGUGCCAUGCUGAUGCAUACCCUUCUAACCUCACGUAUGAGUGGCAGAAAGAAGGACAAAAUGUCUAUAAUGUUGAAUCUUUGAGGUCUCGGGUAAAAAUCCUGGUUGAUGGUACUCUACUCAUUCCUGAGCUAAUCCCUGAAGACUCAGGAAAUUAUACCUGUAUUCCCUCCAAUGAAUUACUGACUCCACCAUCUGCUUCUGCCUACCUAAAAGUGAACUAUCCUGCACGAGUGCUGCAGAUGCCCAGGGAGACUUACCUCCCUGCUGGCAUGGGUGGAACAAUUGUGUGCCCAGUUCAGUCUGAGCCUCCAAUGCUGUUUGUCAACUGGACCAAAGAUGGCACCUCACUGGACCUAAGCCAGUACCCAGGUUGGACGAUAAACUCGGAAGGCUCCCUGUUCGUAGCCACAGUCAAUGAUAAUGCAGUGGGCAUGUAUACCUGCACUGCCUACAACAGCUAUGGGACUAUGGGUCAGUCUAAACCCACCAAAGUAAUUCUGAAGGAUCCCCCAUCAUUUCAGGUGUCCCCCAGGGCUGAGUACCUGCAGGAAGUUGGUAGAGAGCUGAUCAUUCCCUGCCAAGCAUAUGGGGAUCCAACACCUAAUAUUACAUGGGCAAAGGUUGGAGGUGCACCUUACUCUCCAUUUUCCGUUUUGUCCAAUGGUUCUCUGGUUCUGCAUCCACUUACCAAAGGCCAUCAAGGGGCAUGGGAGUGUUAUGCUACCAACUCUGUGGCAAAAGUCAGUAAAGGCACUGCAGUUCUAGUGUUAGGCACAAGCCCCCAUGCUGUGACUGCUGUAUCUAUAGAUCCAGGCAUCAACAAUGCCAUUGUAUCCUGGGAACCUGGCUUUGAUGGAGGAUACACCCAGAAGUUCAGCGUCUGGGUGAAGCCCACUAAUAGAGGGAAAUAUGAGUGGACCACAAUCUCUGUCCCUUCAUCUGAAUCCAGCCUCCUUGUGACAGGUCUCCAGCCUUCCACCAGUUACCAGUUCAGCAUCUUACCCCAAAACAAGCUGGGCUCUGGUCCAUUCAGUGAGAUUUUCACCAUCAUUACACUGGCUCCUCCAACAGAUCCACCCACUGAAAUAACUGAUUUAGCAGCACGACUUGCUCCCACCUCACUGUCAGUAAAUUACACAGCAGUGGGUGUACUGCUGCAAUGGCUGCCACCCCCUGCUCAGACCCAACUGAUCACAGCCUUCAUGCUCCAGGCAAGACCGGAGAAGGGUGAAUGGGUUACACUUGAUAGUGAAAUCAAUGUCAACGCCACAGAGAUACUUGUCCAAGGACUGACAAGGGAUUCCUUCUAUGAGCUACGGCUGCUUUCACAUGGAGCUAGAGUGGUCAGUGGUCCCAGUGAAUCAGUCAAUAUUACUACUAAAGGUAUGGAGAUAUACCCAGCCCCACCCAGCUUGUUGGCUUUUGUUGCUCAGCCCCUGAUGGCCGGAGUGAUUGCAGGCGGGUGCUUCUUAUUCGUGGCUAUCGUUUUUUCAGUGGCGACAGCAUGUAUUAUGAAUCACAGAAGGGAACAGCGCCUUAGAAAGAGACGAGAUGUUCUGUCUACUACCUUACAAAAGACUCGAUCUCCACAAGCUAGCUUGCCUGAUGCCAGUCCCAACAGCAUACUGAAGAUGAAUUUGUGUCCUCCAAUUAGCUUUUUUUCCAAUUCCUCUUUUUCUGACCAUUCAGAUCGAUCAUCCUCUGACAAGGGAAGCGAGUGUCAUUAUCAAAAAAAGCAACUUCUCCCCUCAUCAUCCCCACCACCAUGUUACACUCUAUUUGAGAGCCACCUCGGUGGUUCCCCAGCCUCAAUGUCUGCCAUUGAGUCUAUAUCUAGAGGACCAGAUGGCCGUUUCAUUGCCCAACCUUAUUUAAAGAAUUCUAUGGAAAUUCACGUUAAAGUAAAAAAACAAUUCUCUCGGUCCCCUGUACAAGAUUAUGGUGAAGGGAGCAGGAGUAGCUCUUUUCGAGACUCUACCAAAUCCUGUUCCAUCAGGUCAGAGAAGAGAGUGAUACAAGAUGCACCAUCAACAGCUCAGGACAGUCAUAGCAAAUGUCUAACACUGAUAAAAGAGCAAGAGGAGCUGAAAAGCUUCAUGACUAUCCACAGAGCACAAAAAUGUGAGAAGGAGCAGAGACAGACUAAGUCAGCAAGUCCAGUUAGAAGAUGGGCAGGGGUUAAGAUGGAGGAACCCAUUUCAAAACCUCAGCACAUUCCUCUCAGGCAAAAAGCCCAGAGAACCAACAGCCUGACUCGCAGAGUUUCAGAAAAUCGGAGGGGUUGUUAUUUUGGCAGUACCAGCAGUCCCAUGGACAGGCUACUCACCUCCACCUCCCAAUGCAUUCAAUGGGACAUUAGCCCUGUGACCUCUUCUAGCAGUCAAGUCCCUGUUCUGAGCCUAUCAGAGGGAAAUACAUCUCACUGCAUGCUCUCAGACAGACCACAUAGAGGUUUGGAGGUUGUAGAAGACUCAGCAGCAGAAGAUUUCACACAUUCACCGGUUACAGAGUAUACCUCACUCUCAGUCCUUUCCCAUAAAAGGGACAGUCCUUGCUGUGAGUCAGAUAAAAGUAAGACACAGGCUAAAUGUCCAGAGAGACCAACAGAAAAGGGGAAAGAGUAUAACUGGAUGCAGGAAAAAAAAAUAAAGACCCAAGUAAUUGUCCCAAUGUCCACAAGCCGGGUUCCUUCCGGUUUUCAGCAUCCUGAGGCAUUUGAGAGAGCAAAGUACCCUGCUGCUGAAAGUGGAGAUGGAUCCAGCCCAGAUGGACACUUCCCCAAACUCACUACUAACUUGAACAACAAUUUUACUAGUUGUUCUACCAUUAACUAUGAUAAUCAGAAGAGUGAUAGUGAAAACAUAACUGGAGAUAAUCCCAGCUCCUUAUCUUUGCAGCCUGAAGAAGAGAAGGAGGGUAUCAGGGCACGUUCUCGCAAGAGUGACAAGUGUGCCUUUAGUACUAGCCCCAAUCACUUUUCUCCUCUGCCCCUUUUUGAAAAUGAAGAUGAAAGUGAUCAGUCUAAUUCCUCGAUUAGAUUAUUUGAAUUACUGAAAACCCCAACUGUGUCCCAACCUGAAAGGAUGUCUCCUCUGCAACCAAGCACUAUUUUGGAGUAUUUGAGCCUUCCAGGCUUUGUAGAGAUGAGCGUAGAUGAACCUAUUGAGGAGUGUCAAAUGUCAGAAUCUACUUCUCUCACCACUAAGCAGGCAGAUGGGACUCUCUUAAGAACUAAUCCUGAUGUGGUUCCUAAAAACUGGGAGAAUGAAGAUGAUUACCACUUAGAAGAGAGUAAUGAUCAUCAAAGCAGACUUUUGGUGGAUCUCAAAAUACCCUUCAUUCCUGUAGGAAGUUCCAUUCCUGAAAAUGAAACUAGUACUAUACCCUGCCUAGAGCUGGCUAAAGAAAAUACAAGUAUAAUCCCAGGGUCUUCAAAGACCAAAUGUCUUUCAACACAGUACACAGCUUAUGAUGGAAGAUGUCCCCAGCCAUUUUUCACUCACAAAAGCCUUGGUUCUGAUAAACCCACACAGUUGAGCCACCAAGCACAGCCUCCAGUGAGUGCCAAAGCAAUCUAUAAUAUACCUUAUCAAGGUGAAAGUAGGGAAGAAUCUUUAUCAGAGCACACUCAGUGGUGUCAACCUCAGAAUAAGCGGACUAACCAAGUAAGUGCACGGAUCUCUCAGGCUCCUGUGCCUUUUAUGAAGAAAUCAGUCAGCAUUGGUCCGUGUAGGAAUUUCUCAGAUAUAGGGCAGCCCUGUUCAUAUCUUAGGAAAUCUGUUAGUUUAGGGUCUCAGAAGUGGGACCAUCGUCAAAGCUCCAGGACAUAUGUCUCUGAUAACUGUUACAAAGGUGAGCUAUCCCAUCUUAGUGCUAAAGAUAAGUCUUACAAUUUGGGUUGCACACCUACAAAUUCUUAUUUGAGGUCUGGUCCCUCAUGGCAGGGGACAGAGCAUGGCAAAACUUACAGCAGCUAUGGCCUGGAGAGACCUUGCUACAGUGAGAGGCCAUACAUGACCUCUAAAUCGCUCAUGCAUGCACAUGGCCCAUCAGUCCUAGAGCCAGCAAAACUUGUAGAACCUUAUAGAUCAGAGUCAGAUCCACGUCGACAAGCCACAGUCUUUCCAGAAUCUCUAAUGUGCCCAAAGUCAUAUCAAGAGACCCUCAGGUUAGUCCAGCAUAGGUAUGUCCCCCAUUGUCCCCCUAGACCCCUUAGCACACCCAGAUUAGUUGCAAGGUGGGACCAUCCUUGUCUUGUGGACUCCAGAAAGAGUUUUCAGAGGUCAUUUUUGCCCAGGGGUUACAGCUGGCCUUCACCCCACCAAGCAGCUUUUCCCGCAUAUAAGAUGCAGAGAGAACUGUAUGGGGUGGUGAAUAUGGGUGAGGGCAAGGACAGUGCAGGAGAUGGUGGUCGAGCCAGUUAUGCCAGCCAGAGCAGUGGUAGGGGGAGUGUGGGACCAUCUGGGCACCUUCGCCAGUCCCUUUCCAUCACCCCUACAUUAUUGAGCUCGCCUGAUACUACAGAGGAGUGUGAGAGGCACAAGAGAGAAUCAGACCUGCGAGAAAGAAGGUCAAAAAGUAGGAAUACAUCAGUAGAUGAGUGUUAUGAGUUUGAUGCUACUGAAUGCCGGAUAGGCCUUGACCUCUUGGAGGCCAUGAAGAGGAAGCAGGAAGGCAUGAGGCAGGGGAGGGAGCUGAGGUGUGAUAGGCCAAUUACCAGCACUGGCCUCCGGGUCCUGGAGGAGAAAGGUGAGGAGUGUCCCAUUAGCUAUCUACCCACACAAGUACAAAUAUAUGUUCUGCCCACUUGCCCAUGCCUUUCUUCCCUCGUUUUCCCAACUACAGGCCCAAACUCCUUGGUUAGUUUUCCUUCAGCCUCCCAGCCUCAACAACGAUAUAGUCGUUCACUUAGUGAGGCACGUUUCAAUGCCCUGAUGCAAGAGUUCCAGGAGUACCGCAGUGCCAAGGAAUCCACCUCCCAAGACCCCUCCCCCAUCCCUGACCUCAACCAUGAUACAGAGUUUGCCCUGCUUUAAGAGACCUACCUUUUAACUCUGAACACCAGUCCAUGAUUAUUCAUGUGCCUGUUAUGAAGCUAAUACUUUAUAGAUGAGAAAUGAGUUCCUAAUGAUGCUAAUGAAUGCCAAAACGUCCAAUGCCAAUGUCAGUAUUUAUGUUUUAAAUGUAAUGUGAUUUGGCUUAUCUGUGAAUGCUUCUGUUGAUCAUGAUUUUAGGAAUAACCGUGACCCGAAAAUGAACAUAACUUAAAACAUUUAUCCUAUACCACCACAGGGAUUUUUUAAUGAGAGGCACUAAAUGUACAUCAGUGUUUUCCAAAAGACCAAUCUAAUAAGAUUCAUUAGGAAAUUAUAAAAGUUGUAAAACAAAUGUAUGUGCUCAGGUGUUUUAUUCUUUUUCUCAUAUCAGGUGCUUGAUAUUCAGAAGCCUAUUUUGAAUUAACUUUGUUUUGGAAAUAUACCAAGUUUGGAAUUCUUAGUGACUGUACACAGAUUAAGAACCAAAACCAUUUAUAUCAUUUUUUCAUGCAUUUCUUACUGUGAAAAUCACUACAGAGACUUGUGUGUACAGACCUUGUUUGUAAGGAGGUAUGUGAUAAAACUUUGGCUUCAUCAUGCCCAUAAAAACUGUAUUACUGUAUGUGCUUGGACAAUCUGUUUCCCCUGUCUAAAAAUGGAAUUUCCUCCAUUGCGCUGAAUGACAGGAAUUGUAUGUAGAAUGACUCUCAAUUUUACUAUUUUGCAUCACCUAUGUUCAAUUAUCUUUACUGUGUACAAAUCUAGAUUUGAAUUUGCUUGAAAUUAAUAUAUGCAACUCUUUGGUACAUUAUUACAUCAGUAAAUGUGUUACCUAAUAAGCAUGAGUCAUCGUUGACCAUACGCCUUUACAACUGAAACUUUUGAAAGGCUGUUUGGAGUAAAGGCUCUUGUAUGUUGUGUAAUAUCUGUACCAGUUCAUGGAUACUAUAUAUAUCUUUGCUUAAAUUGUUUAUGAAACAAACAGAAUAUUGAAUCAUAUUACCAAAAGUAAUAUUUUUAACUCACCUCUAUGAAAAAUAGCAGAAAAUGCAAACUGAAGCUCUUCAUUAACAAUGCUGUAAAAUUUAUUUAGCAUUUCCUGUGUCUUUACAUGCUUUCAUGUAAACACAAUGGUUUCUCUUAAAAUGUGCAGCUCCUAAUUGGGUCUUUAAUGCUGCAUAUUGUAACAGAAUAUGUGCAGUGCUAUAGAAUUAAAGCAAACAUAUAUAUAUAUAUGUUUCACAUUAAGACUUUAAUUACAGUUUAAAUGUGUUUAAAUGUGACUGAAGAUGACCCAUGCAGCAGUGUUUACAUUCAAAGCCUUCAUGUCUAUGUGUACAAGCUGUUGUAAAUGUUUCAAGUAUAUAUAGUAUUUCAUCAAGAAUUUUUCUGUUUAUAAAUAACAACCAUA